AUGUUAUAAAAAAAAAAUAUAAAUAAAUAAAUAUAUUUAAUUUUUUUUAUUUUUUCAAAUAAAUUAAAAGGAAAAAUAAUUUAUCUAUAUUUUUUUCUAUAUACAAAACGUAAAGUUAAAAAAAAAAUAUUAAAAAUAAAUUAAAAAAAUUAUUUAUAUCGGAUCUUUAUUUUAUAUAAAUUAAGGGUUUUUUAAAUCUCUUAUUUAAUAAUUAAAAUCCUUAUUUAUAUAAAAAACUUAUAUAAAUUAUUUAUAUUUAUAUAUUUAUACAAGUUAAUAAUAUUAUCUAAAUUUGUUAUUUUUGGUUUAACUGAUUCAUUUAUCAUUAGUAAUUUCAAUUUUAAUUUAAUAAUAUUAUACAAAUCUUCGGGCAGAUUUUUAAUCAUAUAAUUACUAGUAUAGAUAACAUUAAAAUAUUUAUAAACAUUACAAUAUCCUUAAUUUAAUUCUUUAUAUACUUUCUUUCCUUUUAUAUUUUUCAUUAAGUAUAUAUUUUAAUACAUAAAAGCUUUGUGUACUAAUUAAUACUUAAUAGAUAUUUUAAUGUUUUUUGAUUCCAUUUUUCAUUAGAAAAUCCAUUCCAAGUGUUUAAGAAAACCUAUUUAUCUGAAAAAAAAAAAAAAAAGAUUAAAUCUAUUUUUUUUCCAAAAGUGGAAAGUGUAUAAAUAUUAUGGAAACCUUGGACUUUUAUGGUGUGAGGGUGCAUUAGAAAAUUUUUCAUAAAUAAAAAUAUAUAAAAAUAAACACUCAAAAAUCAAGAGCUUUCAUAUUAUCUAUUCUUUUUAAUCAUAAGCAAUAUUAAUACUAUUUGAAUUAACAGGAUGCUAUCUAGAAAGCUAUUUAAACUACUUUUUAAUCUAUUUUAUUUAACAAUGUAUGAUCUUUUUUUUAUAAUUAAUAAUUUCCUUUUUAAAUCCGCUUAUGUUUAUUAUAAUUAUUCCUAAAAUUAAACUUUUAUUAUUUUAUAAGAGCGAAUUUUACAAUGAGUUAAUUUUUAAGAAUAUAUCACAUUUAUGUCUUUCUAAUAUAUUUUUAUUCACCAUUUUAGAUCUCUUGAUAUUUCAAAACACCUCUUUGAAGCUUAUUAUUAUCUUACUUUAUAAUAUACAUGUGUCAUAUAUAUUUGCUUUUUCUUUAAGUUUUAAAAACUUAUUAUUUUGCCUAUUUAAUAUUGAAAAAUUAAGUCCGUCAGGAAAUACUAGAAUUUCUAUAAUUAAUCUUUUUUAUUUAUUAUUAGUCUUUUUAAUGCGUUUAUUAAUAUAAUUGUUUUUCAUUCUAAAAAUUACUUAUUAAUAAUUAUGUAUAGCAAUGAAAGGUUAAUAUAUAUAUAGUCUAUUUGCAUUCUAAGAUCCAAUAGCAAUAAAUUAUCAAUAGAAAAAUCACGAUUUAAAAAUAAAUUUUUGCCAUACACUAAAAUAAGAAAUUAUAUGUAAAGAACUUCAAUAAGAGGAAAAAGUUUUUGCUUAAAUAUAAUAUGAUGGAAAAUGUGAAAACUUAGCUAUUAAAGAAUAUCAAUUUAUUAAUUAAUAAUUUCCUAUGGAAGGAAUAUAAAUUAUUUUUUUAGGAAAUAAUUUAAAAUUAACUGUUUAAUUAUAUUGUGAUCAUACAGCAGAAAAAAAAAAUAAUUAAAAAUUAACUAUAGAUAAUAAAGAUUUAACAUAUUAACAUGCAUGUCCUUCUAUUGAUAUAACUGAAUCUUGGGAUUUAUUUAGAGAAAAUAAUGUUUUUUAUUCUGUUUUAUUUGGAGUAUUAGGAAUUAUAUAUAGAGAUAAUUUAGUUGAAAAUUUAUGGAUUGAAUCAAUUGAAAUGUAUAGAAUUUCUUUGGUAUUUGGAUUUUGUGUAAGCUUAGUUAUAUUAAGUUUAGAUGAUUUCGGAAAUUUUUUAUUAGGAGGUUUUGUAGGAUAUUUAUUAAAUUUAAUAGUAAAUAACAUUAUUUUUGAUAAAUUUAAAUUGAAAGAAUAUUUUAUUUUGUAAAUCAUUUUUGUUACUUGUUUUGGAAUAAUAACUAUGAUAUAUUCAAAGUAUUUAAAAAAAAAAAAAAAUUAUAUAAAUAUAUAUAUAUAUAUAAAUAUAUUAUUUUUAUAUAUAUAUAUAUAUAUAUAAAUUUUUUUAUUUAUAUUUUUUAUAAAUUUUUCUUUUAAUUUUUUUUUUUAAAGAAUUAUGAAUAAUAUUUGUAUUUUAUUUAUUGGAGCAAUUUGCAUUUAAAUAUCAGCUGAUUUAAUUUUAAGCUCAUAUCAUUUUAUUAGUAUUCUUUAAAAAAAUGACAAACAUAAAUAAUUUUGUAAAAAUAAAAAUAUAUGA